GCUGACAGACAGCGAGAGGCUGGUAAAACAGGUUCUGAGAAGGGAGUUGUCCCUGAAAAGCAGGGAGACCUGGACAAGUACGCAAUGAACAGGGGCUGAAUUCAAACCCGGACAACACCGGCAAGGAAGGAAUGAUUUGCUUUGUGCCGAAGCUGGGUCACACCCGUGGUAGGGUGCCUUUUGCAAGGUGCUGCUAGUAGACAAAUUACAGCUCAGAGUCUGUCAAGGUAGAUAAGAGACCAUGUGAUACAGCCUGGCAGUAAAUGGGCUGCAGGGUAAAGGUGCACAGGGAAAUAACGCGGCAGGGGAGGCACAGACUCUCUUCCCGGUCCUUUGGGCACGUCAAGUCCGAGUCCCCAGGGCAAUCUGUAUCGUGGUGCAUGAACCUGACAACUGGGGACUCUUUCUGCUCUUUUUGAAAGCCAGGGAAGUCUGGGAUGUCUUUCAACAGAAAAAACUGGUCUGCGCUUUCCAGCCUGGCGAGGCAGAGGACUCUGGAGGAUGAAGAGGAACUAGAACGAGAGCGCCGGCGAAGGCUCCGAAGUCAGAAGUCCUCCACAUCAGCAGAGGAAGAGGGCCUGCCCCCUUCACCAAAUGCUAGCCACCCAGUGCCAGACAGGCCCAAGGAGGCAGAACCACCAGCGGCAGCGACCGCGGAGGAAGAUGAGCAGAAGCUCUCGGAGGUGCUGAAGACAGAGGAGGUGAGGCGGCAAAGGCAGCAGGUGACAAACAUCUCAAAAAAUGUGAAAGAGGAGAAGGAACCAGAGGCACAAGCAGGUCCCCCAGAGCCAGCACCACGGCAGCGGUCAGCCCAAGUGAAGGUCCUGGCCAGCGAGUUUCCUAAGGAGCAGAUGGAUCCAAGAGUGGAUCAACAUCCGGAGUCAACUCCAGAGCAGGAGGCUGUAGAAAAGGAACAGCAUCAGCAGCCAGCUUCGCAUGAAGAGGAGCAUCGAGCAGAGCUAGCAGAACAGCCCCAAGCAUCCGCACAGAAGCAGAAAGGCCACGUCCACCUUGAGAUAAAGGGUGUCCCCAGAGGAGGACGCAGCGUAGUAAAGGCACUGAUCUCUCCAGGGACAUCUCCUCCUAGCCAGCCGGAUACUGCAAGCAAUCCCCCAAGGUCUCAAGAAACUGCAAGAUCCGUCCCUGCCUCGGAAGAACCUGAAGACUCCUCUGUUGCUUUCCGCUCUACUCUCAGCUCGUUCAGUCGCCACAGUCCAAGGACGACCUCAUUCCGGGCGAUGUCAAGAAGCGAGAAACAAGAAAGUCCAUUUACCAGAAGUGCCAGUGUGCGACUUCCCGCCAGCAGUGUCAAGCUGGAAGAGAAGCUGGAAAAAUACGCUUCAGCUGCACAGCGGUCUGAGCUGAUAAAGGCACCCACGGUCCCCCAAAGAGGUUUCGUACCAUCAUUGGAGAGUGUGGCCAGCAAGCGCAGCAUCUUCGAGGCCAGUGCCACCAGCAGGGCUGAUCAGGCUCCUGCCAGGAAGGAGAAUUUGAAGAUACCUAAUGUGGUGUCAUCCCGCAUCAAUCUCUGGAUCCGCAGGACUCAAGAGCCCAGCAACGACAGUGGAGCCAAGGACACCGGGAAAAUGGAUAGCUCAGCAAAGCGCAACCUCGUGACCAAGUGGCCCAAAGACUCUGCCAGCGACACCAAGCUCUAACAACAUGAGACGUUCUGGGCAAAUCUCUCUCUGCAAAGAUCAUAGUCCGGCCCACCCCUACCUCCAGAAUCCUUCGUGACCGUAUCCAAGCUGCUGUUCCUGUAACACCUACAAGAAGUCUGCGUCUCCCAGAAGUUGGAAGACCCUCCUCCACUUCCCUUCUCUGGGGUGGGGGUUCAGUCUCCUGGUGAAUUCUGCUUGGUGGAUGGGAAGGAAGAAGGUGUGCAGGUUGUCACCUGAGCCCUGGAGUGGAUGACCACACACAUCUCUUGCUGUCUCUUCCAACUAUGCUGCUUACCAUAUAGCAAAGCCCAUCACGUGUGCUGAUGGCACCAAAUCUCUGCUGCCUCAUCCCUCAGUAAUGUUUCAGCUCUAGCUUAGUCACUGUAUCUAUAGUAGGAUUAACCAUAUGCUCCAUGCCCGGCAGCUGGACCCAGCAUCUCACUGCGCUGGCAGGAAAGGAGGCCGUCUGGGUCAGCUUUACACCUUUAGGACCUUGUUUGAAAGCCUGCCUGGAAUUCGUAUGCUGGCAACUGGCUGCUUGACACUUUAGCUCACCUUACAGUGUACCCAGUACUGGUUGCACUGAGACUACCGCAGUAGUUGGCCCUUUGAUGCUAUCAAUGAGGUCCUGAAGCCUGAAUGCCUCUGCUCCUGUCCCAGGGGAAGUCCAUGAAUACCAGGACCAAGGCUUGCUGGUGAGCUGCAGGGCAUGUGGGAAGCUGCCACUACUUGUCUUGCACCUGUUAUUGAAGCAAAGUAAAGGAUUUUCCACUCCAAGCCGCUGCAUUGAUUGACUUCAGGUGGCACAUCUGGCUGAGGAUCCUUCCUUGUGUCACUUAAACCCACAUCCCAGCCAGGUCAUGCAUGUGCCUUGCACAGCCUCCGUACAUUCCCACUGGAGAGGUGCCUGGCACUGUCUUGGGGAUUAGUGUUCGUAUUGCCUUCUGAUCUGGUGUGGCAGGAACAGAGACUCCUGUAGCUCCCUUAGAUAUGGUGCAUACAUCAUCAGAGUUGCUCUUCCCACCCCCUUGCAGCUGGGACCCUUCUAUUUUAGCCAUGUGGGGCCAUACUUCCCCCAGAAAUUAUGAGCUUUACCUGUGAAUCACUGCACCAAAAACUAAACUUGACCUGGGACAAUUGCUGGGGAGCAGAGAUCUUAGUUGAACUCUUCCCUCCCUUCCCCAAAGACUCCUUUAGAAAAGCUCCUGUUCUUGUUAUUGCCCUCAUCAUACAGAAGGGAAAGGGUCUUUUUAACUGCUGUAAGGGGAAAGGCACAAAGCAAUGUGUUUGAACUGCGGCAAAGGAGCACUAGGUUAAAACUCAGGGGGAAAAAACCCGUCCUUCCUAUCAGAAGAGCACGGUGAUGGAGCAAGCUCCCUUGGGAAGUUGUGGAAACUCUUUGACUGUGGAUUUCUAAGAGGCUAGAUGAGCAUUUGUCUGGGGUGGUUUAGGGAUAGUGCAUUCUGCAGGGGGUUGGGUGACCCCCAGUGUCCCCAGUACCCUAUGAUUCUAGUUGAUGAGGGGCUGGAACCAAAGCCCUAGCUUCAGUCACCCUGCACUGCUUAGCCAGACUUUGGGUCCUGAACUCAUCUCUUACCUUUGCCCUUUCUGGAAGCAAUGCUCUCUCUCAGGGAUUAGCUUUAAUGUGCUGUGCAGAGGAGCCACAGCAGGGAGCCCCUCGAACAGCACUGUCCAAACCCCUUAGUUUGGGGGCUAAGUAUAUGAUCUCUGAAAGGACCUGGAGCCACGUGAAGUUUUAGGGAUAUGAUGCUUUGGCUUGGGACUCUGCUAAUUUGGCUUUGCCCUUUCCUCAGGUUCCUGCUAGAUCCAAUUUACUCCUCUGGCUUUUAAAGGAACAUGCCUUUCAUUUUUCUAAUAAACAUCAUUUUCUUUAAGAUG